UCAUAGCAAACAACAAGGAUAAAAAGGCCAAGUUUGUCAACAGCCCAGACGUGGAUGCACUGCUCUGUAAGCGGUGUCCACUGUGCUCUGACCUGAAGAUCGACACCAUCGACCAGCCAUUGCAAGCCGUUGAAGGUGAUUGGGAUAUAUGAGCAGUGUCUUACAUAAGCGACAAACCAAGAAUCAACAAACGAGUUCGCGAACGUGCACUAACUUCGCGGCGCGAAAAACACGCAAACCCCCGUAGCGAAGAGAGGCCUUGUCUCUCUCUAUUAGGCAACAAGGACAGACUGCUGGGGCAAACUCCAUCGACAACGCCGCAGUGAAACAUGCCAGAAGAGCCUAAGUUGGACAGCAGUAACGCUGACGACGUGGAAGACGUUGAGGUUGAGGACGACGAGAUCUUCAACGACAACGUUGAAGGCGCGGAACAGCAGAACGGUGAUCAGAGCAUGAAGGAUGCCGAUGAAGAGCCGUCGAUGAAGGUGCCAGAGCUGCCGGAGUUCACGAAGAAGGACAAGACCUUGCACGAGGUCUUGUCGAUGAUGGAAGACUACUACCCUAUCAUACCUGACGCAGUCACGGACUACUACCUCGAGAAGAAUGGACUCGAAUGUGACGAUAUCAGGGUCAAGAGAAUACUCGCCCUCGCCACACAGAAGUUCAUCUCCGAUAUUGCCACGGACGCCUAUGAAUACUCGCGUAUCAGGUCGCAGUCCGCCGUGUACAACUCCUCUAACCCCCAGGCCAGGAACAAGGCGCUAGUCGCUGGCGCUGCUGGUCAACAGAUGGUGAACUCCACAGCAGGAAACAGCUCAAAGAAGGUGGUGCUGACGAUGGAAGACCUGAGCAGUGCCUUGGGAGAGUAUGGGCUGAAUGUCAGUAGGCCUGACUUCUACCGCUGAAGGCGUGUUGUCUCUCUCUAAUGCUUGUUUUGUUUUGUUUACCUACAAUAAACAC